UUCUUUUAUAUAUCACGGCUGUCAUUACUUAUUAGAGUAAUGCUAAGAGCAACAAAAAAAUAUUUAAUGUUGUAGUGAAUGCUCUUAAAAUGCACCCUCAUCGAUAUAAAAGUUAUUUUUGUGCUGUGAUGUCAUUAUUUGACAAUAUACUUUAACGUUAUAAAUUCCUAGUCAUAUUUAAAUUGUAAAUAACCUAAUCUUAAUUAAAUAUUUUUUCAUAAUAUGGCAAAGACUAAAACAAUUAGUAAAGGUUGUCCUAAAUGUGAACAACAGGUUCCUGUAGCCUGCAAAGCAUGUCCAUGUGGACAUUCAUUUUUCAAUGCAAGACGAAAUUCAAUAAAAAGUCCUCCUAGUCCUGAUAAUGGGGUAAUGAAAACAAGACGAACUAAUCGAAUCAAACGUGAAAAACCAAAUUAUUAUGAUGCUUUAGAAUAUGAUAAACAGUCAAAAAAGAGUGCUAAAAUUAGAAAAACAACAGAUGCUGCUAGUGAUAUAGAUUGCAGACAAUUAAAUAAAAAAAAGAAACGAAAGGGAAAAGGUAAAGGAAAAAGUGGAAGUAGUAAUGGAAUAGGAGAUGAUGAUGAUGAAAUGGAAGGAAUUAAUAGUUUAUCACCAGAAAAACAGCUUACAUGUUCUUUAAUAUUACAAGAAUUAAAUAACAAAAUGAGAGUUGUGGCUUGGAAACCAACAUAAUUUUUCUUCAUUGUGACAUAUUUCUUACUCUAAGAAAUACUAGUAUUCAGUUUUAGUAGAACAUAAUCAUUUUAUAUAGGUAUUGAAUUGUAUUUGAAAUACUAUCUAUUAUGCAAUCUGAAAGAUUAAGAUAGUAUUAUAUAAUGUUAUGCAAAUUGAUAGCAUUAAUUUAUAUAAAUUAUAUAUAAUUUUUAUUAACAGAAAUAUAUAUAUAUAUGUAUAUAAGAUAUACGUAAUGUAUAUAAUAUAUAUAUAAUAUAUAUUAUAGAUAGAUUUAUUAAUAAAAUUAUAUAUAAUUUGUGAUAAAAGAUAUAUAUUUUUUUUUAUCGCCAUUUUGAGAUUUUUAAAGUUUUUUGAAUAUUAAUUUGAAUGUUGAAUUAUCUUCUAAAGUAGAAAAAAUAAUAUUACAUUAAUGAAAAGAAUACAAUUUUUAUUAAAGAUCACUGUGUUUAAUUACAUCUGUUUGUAUGAAAAAUAUGUAUUUCCUACUAAGAUUAUUUCUUUCAUCGCAGGAUCUGCCGCAAUUCUUCAUUCUCUACAAAUAAUCAUAAUGUAACAUGUAAAUAUGAUGUACAUAAUGUUAAUGUGAUAUAUAAGACAAAUUACAAAUAUAAAUCAAUUUUUUUUAAA